AUGUCCAUGGGGGAAGACAAAGUGGAUGCUCAAGAGUCCAAGCUCGAUGAGGUCGAAGACAUUAUUCUAUCUUCGAAGGGGAUUUCACUAGAAGAAAAGAAACUAGUGAGGAAGCUGGAUGUCCGCAUCAUGCCCGUUGCUUGCAUAUUGUACCUCUUUGCAUACUUGGACAGGUCGAAUCUGGGUAAUGCCCGACUUCAAGGUCUUCCGCAAGACAUUCUAGGCGGUGACCCUACUGGCACUUUAUACGGAUGGACGAGCUCAAUAUUUUUCAUUUCCUAUAUUCUGUUCCAAAUUCCAGCCACCGUCCUAUCGAAGCUGUUCCCGCCACGGAUCUGGACUGGCUGCUUCGUCAUUGGAUGGGGUAUCUGCUCGACGCUCGCUGCUGCUGCCUUCAAUUACGCAGGCCUUAUGGUCUCACGCUUCGGGCUGGGUUUCUUCGAGGCAGGCUUUGGUCCUGGUAUCCCUCUCUACAUGUCGCUCUUCUACACAAAAGAAGAAAUGGGUAUGCGGAUGGCGUAUUGGUUUGGUUUUGCUGCUGUCGCAGGUGCCUUCGGCGGAUUAAUCGCGUUUGGCGUACAACACGUUCAUAGUACGGUUGAGAACUGGCGGCUUUUAUUUAUCAUCGAAGGCGCACCGACCGUCGUGCUAGGAAUAGUGUGCAUGUUUAUGUUGCCUAAUCGACCAGAGGAGACGUCAUAUUUGAACGAGGAUGAACGUUGUCUGGCUAUAGAGAGGAUGAAUAGAGGCCUUUCUGGAGAUGUCGGCAGGGUCGUCAAUACAAGCAAAACAUAUCUGGGCCGCUUUUUUGGACUGGAGGGUGUUUUGUACUUUGGCUCAAAUUGCGCUCUGGCAUCAAUAUCCGCUUUCCUCCCAACCAUCAUUGCGACUUUCGGCUAUACGAAUGCUCUUGCGCAACUCUUGACCGUUCCACCCUACGCUGUGGCAGCUAUCUUCUUGUGCAUGAACUCAUAUGUGUCCGAUCGGCUGCAAAGUCGCGGGCUAUUCGUCGCAGCUGUGUCCGCUGUGGCGGGCUUAGGUUAUAUACUGUUGCUCGCAGUGCCCGAUAAUGUCCAUGUUCGCUUUUUCGCAGUCUUUUGCAUCACCAGUGGGACGUAUACAACAAUUGGUAUUGUCAUCGCUUGGUUCGCUCACAAUCUGGGCUCUGAGACAAAGAAGGCGACUGGUAUACCUAUGUAUAUGGCCAUUGGACAGUGUGGGAGUGUGCUGGGGUCUAAAAUUUAUCCAACCACGGAAGCGCCGCAGUACAUAAAGGGAUUUGCUAUAACGUGUGCAUUGCUCUUCGUGUCCGCACUUGUCGCCCUGAUACUCUCAAUCUCGUAUCGGUUGGAGAACCAACGCAGGGACAGACUAUAUGGUAAACCUGAGCCAAAUGCAACUGUCGACACAUCGGAGUUGGCUGAUAAUGCUCCUGACUUCCGAUAUGUUCCCUAG